GCAGGCUUUCAACCUUAGUUCAAGGUUAGUGCGUUGUGUAUGUAACCCCAACCUCACUUGACUUCACUUCACUUGUUCAGGCCUUCACAAUAUUUUCCCCACUUAGGCAAUUUCAGGGCUUCCUCGACGGACAAGCCAUCACUUUUUCGACUUUUGUUAUCUAAGCAAGCGGCUGCACCCCUUUAUAUCCAUAUCUUUAGUGUUGGUAGCAAUAGUCAACCUUGAUUGAUUCUACCAUCCGGUGUGUCCUGGUUCACCGAGUCUCUAACGCAGACAUACUCGGCCGGUUUUUUCAUAUUUCUUUUUUUCAAAAUGGACCUUCGCGCUCAAGCAGGGCGAUGUGUUGCAGAGACUCACGAUAUCCUCGGAGACGCUCGAGAAUGGAUGGGAAGCUUCAUCGAUGCUGACAACAAUAAAAAUGAAGUUAUUAACGGAUUAAUCAAAUUACUGGAUGACAGCCAAAAUGAGAUUGGUCAACUUAGAAGAGACCUGGCAGCUGAACACAAGUCACGAAAUAACUUCCAGAUGGAAGCAGAACGAUAUGAGUCAUCUUACGGAAGACUUGAACAGAGAAUUAACGAGGGAUCUUUUAUUUCAGUUCUUAUAGACGGCGACGGAGCCAAAUUCGCCGAUGCUUUCCUGCGCAGCCCUUUGGAAGGUGCUCCUCAGGCCGCUCAAGCCCUUAAGCAAGCGAUCCGCAAUUAUAUUGAUAAUGAAUGUCCCGAAUUGAAUGGUGACGAUAUUCCCGUUCUCAUCCGUGUUUACGCCAACCUCAAUGGUCUAGCGCAGUCAUUACGUCUUUCAAGGGUCAUCGAUAGAGAUGAUGAUAUGAAGAUAUUCGCCGAGCAGCUUACCAACAGUCGUACCGAAGUAGACUUUGUCAACGUUGGAAGAGGUAAAGAAAAUGCCGACUCAAAGAUUAGAAAGAUGCUUAGUCACUACCACAAGAACGUGCAGUGCCGAAAAAUCUUCGUCGCGUGCUGUCACGAUAACGGUUAUUUGCAUGACCUGCGUGAGUACAGUGAUAAGACGGAUCUUCAGAAAAAGAUCGUUCUUGUCGAGACUACACCUGCAGAGCCUUACUUCCAAAAAUUGGGAUUCCCUAUCAUUCGCUUCGAUGGUGUCUUCCGUUCGAAGCCUUUGGACAAUGAGACUAAACACCCAUUUCCCUUGCCUGUCAGAUCAAUGCAACCACCGCCUGAGACUGGGUUGCCACCAAUAGCUCCUAUUAGGCAGCCAUCCAUUACACAAAGCAUCGCUGAAAGUACCAGAUCAGCUGUAGCAACUUCACCUGAGCAAAUGCCCAGAUUUGUGCCGACUCCGGCUAGCACAGAGUCCCAGCCUUCUCCAGCCGCGGCAAAAGUUGAAGCCGACACGGUCUCACGUACUCCUUCUGUCGUGAACUCUGGUAAUGGAGGAACAUCAAUUAGCUAUGCUACGGCAGGCGGUGCUAGCGAUUUUCAAAACGUUAGUCUUAAAACUGCCAAGAACAAAAAGCUUGUCAAGACUAUCCUCUACAACUACGACGGCUGCCGCAUUGACCCACCUACGAAGCAUCCCGCAAAUUCGCCUGCUCAGAGUACCUAUCAGGUCAAGCUCGAGAAAGUUGCUCCUAAUGCUUUCUGUAAUGACCACUACUUGGUCGGAUCCUGCCGACGAAAUGGCUGCGAGCGCGUUCAUAAUGUGGACUUGACCCCACAAGAGGUCGCCAUCCACAGAUACAAAGCCAGGACGAGCGUGUGUCCUCGUGGACCAGAGUGCGACGACUAUGACUGCUACCUUUCACAUCAUUGCCUGAAGGAUCCUAGGUGCAUCCGAGGGAAUACAUGUAAAUUUGCUAACAGCGAUUAUGGCAACUUGCAUCUAGACUCCACCGAAAAACUACAGCCUGCUACACGAUGGACACAGGGCAGCGACUUCCCCGAGCACUUACAGUAAUGUAGCCCCAUGAGCUGGUGGCACCCUGGUGUUGAAAAGCAGGCUACGAAACGUAAAGGCACUUGUGGCAAUCAGUGAUAUUAGACGUUAGUUGUUAUGAUUCAUAUUAUAGCUUAAAACUCCGUUACUUUCUUAUGUAGACAUUGUGUUAGCAAAUAAAAACCUCAGAUUGUAAGAUGACCCAGAAAAUCUGAGUCAUUAUGUUCUAGAAUUAAAUACACAUAAAUCAUUCAUCAUACUAAUAAAAAA